UUCAGCAUGAAUGAUCUUGCUGUAAAAAAUAUUUCAUUCACAGACUUCAGACUGAAUGGUUUCUACAGCCUGGGAGAAUGGAGGCCUCUUUUAUUUAUCCCUUUCUUUCUGAUGUUUUUACUGGCAUUAACAGCAAAUUCUAUUCUCAUAUAUCUAAUCAAAUCUCAAAAGUCUCUGCAUUCUCCUAUGUAUGUACUAAUAGGUGUUAUGGCAGUUUUAGACUUGAUCUUGCCAGUAUUUUUUGCACCUAGCAUGCUUCUAAGCUUUUUAUUUAAUUGGAGUGGGAUAUCUCUGACUGCAUGUUUGAUACAAAUGUUUGGCAUUCAUUUUGUUGGAGCACUUCAAUCUACUUUACUUUUGUGGAUGGCACUGGAUCGCUACUUUGCGAUAUGCAAACCUCUUCAUUAUCAUAAAUACAUGGAAAUUGCUAACUUUUCCAAAUUUGUUUUUCUGCCAUUAUUCAGAAAUGGAUUUCUGAUGGUCACCAUGGUCUCUUUAGCAGGAAAGCUUUCAUUUUGUAGCAAUAUUAUUGAUCACUGCUUAUGUGAGCACAUGGCAUUGGUUCAGUUAGCAUGUGGUGAUACAUCAAUUAAUAACAUUGUUGGACUUCUGACUGCUUUCAUUAUCCCAACUACUGAUUUUAUUCUCGUUACUAUUUCUUAUGUUGUGAUUUUUUCCUCUGUGUUUAGAUCUGGUAAGGCUCAUUUAAAGGCCAUAAAUACCUGCAUUACUCACCUCAUUGUUAUGACACUUAGUUUGACUUCUGCCUUGAUUGCAUUUAUGUCCUACAGAAUAAGGAGUAAUGUUUCAUCUAGCAACCGUAUAUUUAUGAGCAUAAUAUAUGUUCUGUUUCCAAGUUGUUUUAACCCAAUAAUCUAUGGAUGGAGAACAAAAGAAAUAAGACAAACUUUUCAUAUAUUUAUAAAAAAUGGACAAAUU